CGGUUGCCUAUCACGUGAUUUAAACGUCACUUUACUUCCUGUGUCGGUCGACGAUGAAGUCAUUUGUUCUUGAGCGAAACGACGGCUCCUAAAAGGAUAAAAAUGCCAUUUACUGUCAUAUCCAUGCGUUUUCGAGUUAACUAUUAGGUCCUUCCUUCCUGAUGUUGAUUGUUUGAGGGACUUCUCCUCUCUGUGACGGGUUCAAACCACACCAACCCAGUGUCCACCUAUGGUCCCCAGGCUAUCUUGCCCGGCACCACACACCCAGCCACCCUCAUGGGCAAGUGCUUCUCCGUCUGUAACCCAGGUUCAACCAGCGUGGAAAGGCAGAAUGGCAAGAACAGCAAGGCUCAACUCCCUCCCAAGUCCUCCUCGCAGCAUGCCACAGCUAUAGACCGCUCCACUGCCCAACCCGUUCAGUACAUCCAACACAUCAGCACGACCGGAGUCCGCGCGGGCAACCUCCCUCUCCGUCCCGCCGGGGACUCAAACAAUGGUUCUCACAGCAGACCUGCAAGUGACACACACAAGCAGUUCCCACGACAGAACGGUGUAGAGACAAACACAGCCAUGAAGUCGGACUUCUCCGAGCGAAAGGCCAACAAACUCUUUGAAAAAUACAAAGAUAACUCUGAGGAUGCCAUCUUGGCGGAAGGCACUGAACGAUUCUGCCAGGAUCUCAAGGUCAGUCCCGAGGAUUUUAUAGUACUAGUGAUCGCGUGGAAGUUUCAGGCGGCCGUCAUGUGUCGCUUCACGCGGACUGAAUUCAUCCAAGGCUGUCGCACCCUACGCGCCGACUCCAUCAACGCCAUCAAGGCCAAGUUUCCUGAUCUGCGACACGAGGUGAAGACGGACGAUGCCAUGUUCAAGGAUCUCUAUCGAUACACAUUCGGCUUUGGCCUGGACACUGAAGGCGGCCAGAGAACUUUACCGUGUGAGAUAGCAAUACCUCUAUGGAAGCUUGUCUUCUACUACCGACAACCCCCUAUCCUAGAUCGCUGGUGCAAUUUCCUGACCGUGAACCAGGUCAAAGGUAUAUCCAGAGACACAUGGCAGAUGUUUCUGCACUUUGUAGAGGUCAUUGGAGAUAAUCUCAGUAACUAUGACGACAACGAAGCCUGGCCAAGCCUUUUUGAUGACUUUGUGGAAUAUGAAAAUGAUAGAUUGAAAACUCUAAAUCAAGUUGAGAAGGAGGAUAAUAACCAAGAGGAAACUCAUCUAGUCUAGAAAAAAUUAGGGAUAUCCAUAUUUUUAAUUGAUUUUACGAUACCUAGUUAUUAUCGUUUGUUUGCUUCUUUUUUUUUAAAUGCGAGGUGCUUCGUCUGAAUGUUCGAGUUCCUUUCACUGGAUGAUGUUAAUUUUUUGAUAAGUGGUCACUUGCAUUUUAUGGGUGUUCCAGAAAAAUUGUGAUUCUUUCUUGUUUAGUGCAUGUCCUGUAUGGAUGUGCCAAACCAACAUAUAUUUCUGUGCACCAAGGAAAAAUAAGUACAGGUAGCUUUUCAAUUUGAUCACAUGUGGAAGAAGAGGUGUGCGUGUACAUUGUACAUGUUCAUGUAGCAUCUUUUAAUAAUUUGUUAUUUCAUCCUUUUUAAAGCAGCUACCAUACUGUUAUACAUACAUGUACAUGUGUAAGAUGGUAAGCAGAAAAUAUUUUGAUUGAAACCUGAUCCAAAUCAUGAUGAAAUUUGUAGGAAUAAUUGAUUUUGAAUACAAGCAGACUUUGUUUUUAUGAUCCAAAGAAUUCGCCUGUAUUGCUUGGGGAGUGCUAUAGACAAUAAUCUACAUUUGCCACUCUCAGCCCAAAUGUACAUGUACAUUUAGUAAGUGGGUAUCUUGUAGCUCCUGGUAACAGUUGCAGGAGCUAGCCAGAGUAAUGAUUUCCUAAGUUCUUUGACCAUACAGUAGAGACAUAAUAUGUGCUAAACGCUGUACACUGUACCAGAACAGAAAAGAGUUCCUAUUAUAGAUUCCUAGAGUUCCUUGAGAUUACUAUUAUCAUUCUGAAAGUCAGACAUCAUGGUCUACAAAAGCUCAAAUCUAAUACCUGUGAUUUAUAGUUUUUUUUAUUGAAAAACCUCUCCAUGUGCAGUGUAUCUAUUCAGUACUACCGAUAUUCCUUGAUAUUGAUUUUGGACAGAUGUUGACAUACUGUACAUUGUUGGGGAAUAAAAGACACGUUAAUCAACACAAACUGAAUGUUAAUCGACACAAACUGAAUGUUUUUCAAUUUGUUAGCAUUCCAUAUAUUCAGAUAAGUUAUUCUGAAACUUGUAGAAAGUGCAUACAACUUGGGGAUGGGGGAGUAGGGGAGGUUGACUAUAAAAUGCUGCAUCUCAUUCUCAUUAGAAAGAUUACAAAAGUAGAAACAUGAAAAAAAAAAGCAUGAUUUGAUUCUACACUUCAAUUUUGCUCUGUGAUUGGAGUUGAGAGUGUUGUUAAAAGCUCUCCACAAUGAUAUGUAAUACUGGGCUUCAAACUUGCAAUAUUUUUUCUUCAGAACUGUAUGUUUUGCGAAUAGAAAACCAAAUGAUAGUCCAGAAUCUGGCUGAUUUAACCUUUAACAAUCUCAACCAACACAAUGUCAUCUCCCCCUACUUUGUGCAAGCCGAAGAUGGCCAACUCCGACAUUUCUAGGCCCGGUGGUCUUAAGGUUGGGCUGAAUUCAUGAAUCACACCCCCUUCAGCUUGCAGCACGUAGGGAUGGGAGAAAUCACAAUUGUGAAAUGAGAUAAAAGCAUGCCAGAUUCUGGACGAACCAAAUGAAAACAAAGCAAAAUCAUUUUUGAGGUUUGUUCCCUUGUAAUUACCCUGCCUGGUGGAUAGGAAUUAAAUCUAUAGGUAUCAUGAUUGAUUUUGUCUAAAACGUUGCACUGACUCCAAUUUGUCCUAAUAAACAGUUAUUUCUAAUUUAAAGUUUGCUGGCCCUAGUAAUGCCUGGCAUUGCAACAGCUAAUAUACUGCACUCAAAUCUUCACUCGUAAUUUUUUAACACUGUUUUCCAUGUUUUUGUGAGCCAAAACUUGAAAAUUGUGUACAGGUUACAAAUCUUAUUGUCUUAAUUCUAAUCAUGUAAAUUUUAAUAAAUAUUCUUAUUUACUUCUCUACAAAGGAAUUUAUAUUCUGUCUUUUGAUCAUGUACAAGCUAUCCUGAUUUAUGGACAUGAUUAUGGACCAUCCGAAAUUAAUACUGUUGCAAAAAUAAUUUCAUUUAAUUGAGCUCUUGCUCUCGUGCGUGUAUUGGGGUUUGGGAUCUUAAAUUGUUGGGAAAAUUGUCUUUUUCUGUUUUUUUAUUACUUUGCUCCAUGUGAAAGCUUUCAUAUGUUCAAUUGCCACUUUUUAUAGGUAACAUGAAUAUUUUCUAAAAAGCUUGCGAUGGAAGAAGAGUUUUUCAAUAUCUGUUGUGGCUGUAAUAUAUAUGCAUACUUUACACCCAACCUACCCAAUGUCAAUUUGUGUUCAUGAUAUUUCUCUCUAUUUAUAUCAAAAGAUAUGUUCUUGACAUGGGCUUUUUCUUUUGAACCAAGUCCAGACUUCAUUCAUAAUUUUGUCUUGUUUUCUUUUUUUACACUGUUUUCCAUGUUUGUGUGAGCAAAAACUUGAAAAUUUUGUACAGGUUACAAAUCUUAUCGUCUUAAUUCUACUCAAGACACUUUUGAGAAGUGUCAUCAUUUUUUAAUUAGUUCAUAAUUUUUUGAAUAUUGUACAAAGUAAGAUUACUAUUUUUUAUUUAAUAUUUAAGAAAAGUUAAGAUACUUUAUAUGUGAUUUGUACAUGUAUACUGUAUGUGAUGCAUCUCAUCAUUUUUAUACACCAGGUUGAAAUUGAAUAUUUGUAGAGUGUUGAUAUGUGUGGUAUUGAGUCCAAAGAACCAUAUUUUCAUCAUAAAGUAGAGAAAAAAAACUUGCGUGUGGUGAUACUAGACUUAUCCGUUCACAGGUACAUGUUUUUAUUUUGCUUUUUAUGCUCAAAAUUCUCUCCUCAAAUACAAGUGAAGGAAUCAAAAGAGGCAGGCACUGAAAUAUUUUCAAAUUAUAUUACUUUGAAUAUAAUAUUGUCUGCAGAGAUUCAGAAAUCUCCUUGCUCUAUUUAAAGCAGAAGAUUUUUUCAUAUUUUUCAUGUUCUAUUGCAUUCGGUAGCUAAUCAUUUAAUUUACUUCUUGUGAAAAGUAUCAGUUUACCCUAACAGAGCUGCAAUCUACAUAAUGAAAGUGAAAUAAAAGCAUAUUAAAAUGAAA